AUGAGCGUUCGAGUCUUCACAUUUGCUGAGCUGGCAGAGGCUACUAAUAAUUUUGACCAUGCCAAUUACUUAGGGGAGGGCGGGUUUGGGCGAGUGUACAGAGGGAGGCUGAAGAACGGGCAGGAGGUGGCAGUGAAGCGACUCACCCGCCUGCGCGUGACAGGCAGCGGGCAGGCCAAGGGGGGCGGAGGCGGGGGCCAGGGCGAGCGCGAGUUUGUGGUGGAAGUGGAGAUGCUGAGCCGCCUGCACCACCGGAAUCUGGUCAAGCUGAUUGGAUAUUGUGCCUCCCACCACCACCAGCUGCUGUGCUAUGAGCUCGUGCCUAAUGGGAGCCUUGAAGCCUGGUUGCAUGGUUCUUUCUCCAAAGAAAUCGUGCUGGACUGGGCAACACGCAUGCGGGUGGCGUUAGGGGCAGCGAGGGGGCUGGCCUAUCUGCACGAGGACUCUCAGCCCCUCGUCAUUCACAGAGACCUCAAGUCCUCCAACAUCCUCCUGGAGAACGACUUUCUCGCUAAGGUGGCGGAUUUCGGGCUGGCGAAACCGGCACCCGAGGGACCAGAAGGAUACAUAUCGACGCGAGUCAUGGGCACGUUUGGAUAUGUGGCCCCAGAGUAUGCCAUGACAGGCCAUCUAGUAGUGGCAUCAGACGUGUACAGCUAUGGCGUGGUGCUGCUAGAGCUGCUCACAGGGAGGAAGCCUGUCGACAUGAGCCAGCCCCCGGGCGAUGAGAACUUAGUCACGUGGGCGCGACCUCGUUUAGGCAACCCUGGACGGCUUGAUGAGCUGCUGGAUCCAAGAAUCGCCUCCCAGGUAUCACUGAGUGAUUUGGAGCAAGCAGCAGCAGUGGCUCAGGCGUGUGUAGCGGCUGAACCGACAGACCGACCCCCCAUGGGGGAGGUGGUGCAAUUACUGAAGAGACUAGAGGCUCUGCACGACCAGGAGCAUUCAACCCUAACCACUGACCACUCCCCCUACGGAUCCCUGCUGCUCUCGAACCAGCCCCUUCCAUAUGACACGUACAACCCUCCCGACUGUAGCAGUAACCUUUUUGAGACAUCUCGAAUCUCGAAUCAGCCACUUCCAUACGACACGUAUGACCCUCCCGACUGUAGCAACGACCUUGCUGAGGAUUUGUUAACAGCUGAUACGGGCAGUGAGGAUGGUAACGAGGGAGGCAAUAAAGAGGAUGAGAGAAGUUAA